UUUAAAAUAAGUUUUAAAAUUGUAUUAAAAAUUGAAAUGAGUGAACCUUUUGAAACGUGUUACUUCCAAACAGAGGAAGUAAUAAUAAAAGCCGAACCAGAGGAGUAUUUUGAAGACUGUGAUGAUGAUGACUCUCAAGAAGUCCCUGAAGAAGAAGAAGAAGCUACUUGGCGUCCUAUUAAGAUCGAAAGUAUUAUUCAAAACCACAACUACGAGUCUGAAGAAGAAGGAGAAAUCCGAGUUCGACCCACAAAAGUUAAAAAAGUCAAGUCAAAACCUAAAAAACCCCUGAAAAAAGAAGUUCCUAAACCAAAAAAGCCGAAAAAACCUCAACCUGAAAUCCUUUCCGACGAAUUUAUGUGCAGCAAAUGCUCCAAACGUUGUGCCAAUCUUGCCGGCUUAAGUAGUCACUAUAUGCGCUGUGGAAAGUCUUCUGGAAGUCUCUCAAGUAUUGUCAAAUCAGACGAUGGAAUGUAUUGUACGGAUUGUGGAAAAACCUUUAAAGAUAUUCGAGGAGCCAAAAUUCAUCGUCUUUAUUGUAACAAAGCAACCUCAUCUAAAGUCAAACAAGAAAAUGCUCUUCCUUCUCUCUUCGAAUGUGAUAUUUGCGGCGCUACGUUCAAAAUUAAAUCUCGCAUCAAGCAACACAUGGUAGUCGAUCAUUCCGCCGAUGCUGCUUACCAAUGCGAAGUAUGCGGUAAAAAGAAUGUCGCCAAGUCGCUGCAUGAACUUCACAUUCGAACGCAUUUGGAUACCAGAGAUCGCCCUUUUGCCUGUUUACAAUGCACAAAAUGUUUCAAAUCGAAAGCAGAGCUACAGCGACACGUGUAUGGAGUUCAUGUCCCUGCCGAAGAGAAACCUUCCUUUGAAUGUGACGAAUGUUCCUUUGUCACAAGUAAACAAGAGUUUUUGAUAAAGCAUCAAGUGAACCAACACGUCCCGGAUUGUCAAAAACCUUUCCAAUGCGAAAUUUGUUCGAAAGGAUUCAUAACUGAUAAGGAAUUUGAUCGACAUACCAAAACCCAUACGAAUCGGAAAAUGCAUCCAUGUCUCAGUUGUGAAAGACAAUUCAAAACAAAGGCUGAGAUGAAGGAACAUUACGUCAAAGAUCACACAGAUUACAAGCCCUUCAUUUGUGAGGUUUGUAACAAAGGGUGCAAUCAUCGACAUAGCUAUCGACGCCAUUUGCGAAAGCAUGAAAAGGAAUUGGGCAUAAAGCUCGAUAAAAGUGUGCGGAAAUUCAACAUUCGAAUAGAGGACUAUUUACCUCCGAAAGAAUAAA